AUGCCUCACUAUUUUUCCUCUUUAGAAAUAUCAGCAUGGAUAAAAAUGAGCUAGUGCAAAAGGCCAAACUGGCUGAGCAGGCUGAAAGAUACGAUGACAUGGCGAGUUGCAUGAAGUCUGUGACCGAGCAAGGAGCCGAGCUGUCCAACGAAGAGAGGAAUCUUCUCUCUGUUGCCUAUAAAAAUGUUGUAGGAGCCCGUAGGUCAUCUUGGAGAGUCGUCUCAAGUAUCGAACAAAAGACGGAAGGCGCUGAGAAAAAACAGCAGAUGGCUCGAGAAUACAGAGAGAAAAUUGAGACUGAGCUAAGAGACAUCUGCAAUGAUGUGCUGUCUCUGUUGGAAAAGUUCUUGAUCCCUAAUGCUUCGCAAGCAGAAAGCAAAGUUUUCUAUUUGAAAAUGAAAGGUGAUUAUUACCGUUACUUGGCUGAGGUUGCUGCUGGAGAUGACAAGAAAGGGAUUGUGGAGCAAUCACAACAGGCGUAUCAAGAAGCUUUUGAAAUCAGUAAAAAGGAGAUGCAGCCAACACAUCCUAUCAGAUUAGGUCUGGCUCUAAACUUCUCCGUGUUUUAUUAUGAGAUUCUCAAUUCCCCAGAGAAGGCCUGUUCCCUUGCAAAAACGGCUUUUGAUGAAGCAAUUGCUGAACUUGAUACAUUAAGUGAAGAGUCAUACAAAGACAGCACGCUAAUAAUGCAGUUACUGAGAGACAACUUGACAUUGUGGACAUCGGAUACCCAAGGAGACGAAGCUGAAGCAGGAGAAGGAGGGGAGAAUUAACCAGCCUUCCAACUUCCGUCUGCCUCAUUCUGAAAUUUACACAGUAAACCAUUUGUCAUCCAUGCUGUCCCACGAAUAGUUUUUGUUUACGAUUUGACAGGUUUAUGUUACUUCUAUUUGGAUUUCUAUAUUUCCCAUGUGGUUUUGUUUAAUAUUAGGGGAAUAGAGCCAGUUAACAUUGGGGGAAUUUAUCUGUCUUCAUCUGAGGUGGCCAAUAUAGGGUUGUGAAAUUUUUAUACGAGUUUUACAUGUUUGGCAUAGUACUUUUGGUACAUUGUGGCUUCCACAAGGCCAGUGUUAAAACAGCUUUCUGUGUCAAGUGAGGAAGACUGCUUGCAUAUUGGUCUGCGUGGUGGAAAAAAGGGAGAAUCGGUUGCAGCCACAGGUGUAGUUAGCAUGAAUAAUCAAGCUGGAGCACACAUGGCUGUGAAUAAAACUAUGUCCCAUAGAUAUUGCAUGUCAAGUAAACAUGUGAAAUCUGUGGAAUAUGCCAAUCAAGUGUACAUCUGAUUGCAGCUGAAGUGUUCCUUAAGACAGUUUGAUAAUCCAGUCAACUUUCUCUAGAGAAGGACAGAGAAACGGUUCACAUUCCAUUAUUUGUAAAGUUACCUGCUGUUGCUUUCAUUAUUUUUGCUACACAUUUUAUUUGUAUUUAAAUGGUUUAAGCAACCUAAGAACAAAUGUACAAGUAAAGAUGCAGUAAAAAUGAAUUGCUUGAUAUCCAUAAUGACACUGUAUAUCGAGCACAGCAGUAAAACAAAAACCCAUGUAUUUAACUUUUUAGGUUUUUGCUUUUGUGAUUUUUUUUUUUGAUACUUGCCUAACAUGCAUGUGCUGUAAAAAUAGUUAACAGGGAAAUAACUUGAUGAUGGCUAGCUUUGUUUAAUGUCUUAUGAAAUUUUCAUGAACAAUCCAAGCAUAACUGUUCAGAACAUGUGUAUUAAGUUGAUGUAAGUGGAAUAAAAGUUUUAUGAAUGGACUUUUCAACUA